GUGGACAUUACACUGCGCUUGCUGAAAACACUCUUCAGGUAACGAACCGAACAGAACAUUGAAGACGCGCGACGGUCUGCUGGCUGUGGAAGGUUCGAUUUUCAUGCUCGCCUGCUGGUUGUGCCCGCAGAGCUCGAGCGAUAGAUCGUCUCGCGGACGUUGACGAAAGGUCGCGUUGUUCGUGUAGAGAUGGAAAAUCUUCUGCUUUCCAUCGUUGUUGCGAUCUUGCUGGCAGUGGGAAUGUCUCUUGUCAUCCUCUAUCCGGCUCUUUCUGCUCGGGCUGAGCAUGGAAGAAUGAGUAAGUCGGGUGUAGAGAAUGCGGCUGUCAAGGGCAAACCCACGGAAAAGCGUAAUUAUACUGCGGAGGAAGUCUCUAAGCACAACAGCGCAGAAAGUGUGUGGUUGAUCAUAAAGAACAAGAUAUAUGAUGUGACACCUUACCUGGAUGAGCACCCUGGAGGAGAGAGCAUGUUGAACAACGCGGGUGGGGAAAACACAAAAGGGUUUUACGGACCUCAACAUCCAGCAUGGGCAUACGAAAGACUGGACAGCUACUACAUUGGCGAUUUGAUACAAUGACCAUCUUGUGACACUUGAUGAAACGCUUGCGUACUGUCACUACUGCUCUCCGAUCUGAGGAUAGCACAAAGGAGACCUCUGAAAUGGUUUCUAAAGACUACAAAUAGUAUGUCCGGUAACGUAUCAGUUGGCUUGGCCCACUAAGUAUCAAAUUAGGAGUAGAUGAUUCCUUUCAAGGGAACGCACUAGAUAGGCACAUCUCUUUUCUCAAAAUUGUGCAAUAAGACUUUAUUGCCUGUCUCGGCCUCCGGCAAGUCGUUGAUAGCAAGCACCCAUCUACACAAGAGGUUUAUUUUCACAAAAUUUUGAGGAAACCAAGGCUUUUCUUUUAAAAGUUUUGUCAUAGAUUCUGGAUUCUCAUGGGGUAGAUUCUAGUAGUCUUCAAAUGAUGUCAAGCUUGAAGACCAUUCUUAGAAUUCGAGAAUUCAUUCUUGAAUCAAAGUUGGAAGUGUGGAAUUUUGCUUCUAUAUUCUGAAUAUCAGCUUCUGUUAUACUCUCUCCCU